CGGAACUUAUGGACCACAUGAAACUGCAGUCAAACGUAUUGUAAGACAUCCUUUGUUAGAGAAACAUUGGCGUCGUGAACAUGCCAUACUGUUAAAACAUCAACAUCCACAUUUAGUUCGUUGUUAUUGGACUGGUAGUACAGCAAACUUUCACUACUUAGUAAUGCAACGAUGUUCAUUAAGUUUAAAUGAAGCAUUAUCAUGUCGGAAUGCAUCCAAUGUUGCAUCAAAACCGAAUAAUAAUAAUGAUGCUGAUGAUGUCAUCAAUUCAACCGAUUCCAUGAAGACAUCAUCUUUGCUCAAUGAAUUGGGUUUAACUCCAGUACAAAUUAUUUAUCAAUUUAUUUCAGCUGUUGCAUGUUUACAUCGUAAUCAAAUUG